CCCAGUUAAAUCGCACAAUAAGAUAUGUGGAGAGAAGGGACGUAGACCUUACCCUUACUUGAAUCCCACAAGUUAAAUGAUUCAUAGUUUAAAAAGGAAAAACACAACAAUGAUUAUUUGCUUGAGUCCAAUGUUAUUUAUUUGUUGGGCAUGUCCGGCAUGUCUUCUACUAUAAAGUCUAUAGUACAUUCAUACAUCUCCAAUUUGAAACUUGCAAAAGGUUCUUGAAGACUCUUCAUUGCUGCUCUGAAACUGCAAAACAUCAUGAAGUACAAAAAAAAUGGUUCACUAAAAAGGAAUCGCAUGAAUUAUUUUACAAAUCUUACGGAAUUUGAAGAUGGUGGAGGUGAAGAUUUUGAGGUGAUUGCCGAGGAUAUUAUCUCUGACGACAAGGAGGAGAACGAGGUCAUCGUCAUCGACAGCGACGAUGAUGGUGCCGAUGUUGCCCCGGUCAGAGAGAAGGAGGUAAUCGACCUUACCUCGGAUGAAGAUGAUGUUUUUGAUCUUGGUAGCGAUGAGGUUGAGUUCCUGGGAGACAGUGAUACUCAUGAUUCCGGGCUCCAGGAAAUGUGGACAAGAAAAGAAAAAAGAAGAAAGGAAAAUGAAGAAGAGGAAAGUAGACAUCACCAUACCUUUGACUCUAGAUUUGAAACUGCCCUUCUACUCAUGGACACCGCCACCUCUUCUUCUCCAAAUCUGAAGUCCAGCCCUUCUACUCGGGUAACACUGCCACCCCUUCACUCUAGAUUGAAAGCCGACCCUUCUCCUUUUAAAUCUAAAUCUUUCCCUUCUACUCUACUCAGUCAAUGUCACCACCCUUUUUCCUCUAGAUUCGAAGUCGCCCUUUUUCCUCCACAUCGGAUCCCAUCCAUUCCCCUACAUACCUGUCGCCACCUAGACAGUGGUGCUCUUCCACCGGAAGAUCUGAUGAAGAAAGAGAAACAGGGUUUGGGAGGUCUGACUAAGAAAGUGGGGGCCCUGACCAAGAACAAGAAAUUUGGGAGGAAGAAGAAGGGGGAGUGGGGUUGACGGAAAAAGAAAGAACAAAGUAAUGAAGAAGAUGGGAGAGAGAGGGGGGCGGUGAAAAAGAAAAGAAGAAAUUGGGGAAGAAGAAUAGGAAGGGUGUGGGGAAGGGUUGAGGAAAAAAGAAGAAAUUGGGUGGGUGUAG